AUGCCUGCACCACUGAGGACGUCUAUUGUUUCCUAUCUGCUGAUCGUGUUGCUGGAGUAUUGUUGGGAAGCGGAGUCUGUGCAGCUUUCCUAUUCCGUGUUCGAGGAAGUGAAUCCGGGAACAUCAGUUGGAAAUAUCGCUAAGGAUUUAAACCUCAGCCUCCAGGAUUUGGAAUCACGUAUGUUUCAGAUUGUUAGUGGGUCAAAGAGGAAAUAUUUUGAGGUGAAUGUAAAGAGUGGCGUUCUCUACGUUAAUGAAAGAAUAGACAGAGAGGAGCUGUGUGCGAAGGCCACCAAAUGCACUGUCAGUGUCGAAGCUGUGAUUAACAACCCACUGAAGCUGUAUCGCUUAGAAAUAAAUAUACAAGAUGUGAACGACAACGACCCGUUAUUCACGGAAAAGACUCAAAUUAUAGACAUAGCAGAGAAUACUCUGCCUGGAAUGAAAUUCGCGUUGUCCGAGGCCGUCGAUGCAGAUGUAGGCAAGAACACGGUCAAUGAGUUUAAAUUAACACCGAACGAAUAUUUUUCUAUCGCAACAAACAAAGGAGGAGAAAGCGUGUCGGCCGAGUUAGUUUUACAGAAGGCGCUAGAUCGAGAAAAACAGCCUGUGAUACACCUCACUGUCACCGCUAUAGAUGGAGGGACUCCGCCGAGAUCUGGUACAUCGCAGGUCACUAUACACGUUUUGGACAUUAAUGAUAACCCUCCUGUGUUUAAUAGUCCCUUGUACAAAACGCGUAUAUUUGAGAAUACGCCACUCGGAACAACGGUGAUAACUCUAAAUGCAACCGAUGCAGACGAAGGGACAAACGGUGAGAUUGUGUAUUCCUUAAGAAGUAAAGGCCAGGAUCACAUAUUGGACAUUUUUCAUAUCGACCCCAUUACGGGUGUGAUAAUGGUCAAAGCUAAUGUCGAUUUUGAGGAACACACUGCGUUUGAGAUCCGCGCAGAGGCAAACGAUAAAGCUCAGCCACCGAUGUCUGCACACUGUAAAGUGCUGGUUGAAGUAAUUGAUGUAAAUGACAACGCUCCCGAGAUAACGGUGACAUCACUGCUCAAUAAUGUAAAGGAGGACGCUGAUGUAGGCACAGCUAUUGCACUUGUCUCUGUACUGGACAAGGAUGGGGGAAGAAAUGGUGAAGUUAAAUGUAAAAUCUUGAAUCAGGUUCCUUUUAAACUAGAGACAAACUAUAAAAACUACUAUUCUUUAGUUGUUGACGGGGAUCUAGACAGAGAAAUGACCUCCUCCUACAACGUCACCAUAUCAGCCACCGAUAACGGGACCCCACCUCUUUCCAACACGAAUGUUAUUAAUGUUCACGUUUCUGAUGUAAAUGAUAACUCUCCUCGUUUCAAAGAACCUGUGGUUAAUGUCUAUGUAACAGAAAACAGUAAAGUUGGGGUAGUUAUUAAUACGGUAUCUGCAUUUGAUGCUGACAUUGACCAGAAUGGCCAGGUGCGAUAUUCAUUUCUAGAGAGUAAUACUAAUUCAGCGCCAGUGUCCACAAUGGUUAACAUCAACUCAGAGACAGGAGAUAUAAUCAGCCUGCAGUCGUUUAACUUCGAGGAGUUGAAAACGUUUCAGUUUAAAGUUCAGGCCACAGACUCUGGUGUUCCUCCGCUCAGCAGCAACGUGACUGUGAACGUUUUGAUCCUGGAUGAGAAUGACAACAGUCCUGCGGUUCUUUCUCCAUAUUCUGAGCACGGCUCCGUUAACAGUGAGAGCAUCCCCUAUUCUGCUGAAGCGGGAUACUUUGUUGCAAAGAUCAGGGCUGUAGACGCAGACUCUGGAUACAACGCGCUGCUUUCUUAUCACCUCUCUGAGCCCAAAGGAAACAACCUUUUCCGGAUCGGAACCAGCACCGGGGAAAUCAGGACUAAGAGGAGAAUGAGUGACAAUGACUUGAAAACUCACCCCUUGGUGGUGCUGGUUUUUGAUAACGGAGAACCCUCCCUCUCAGCUACUGUGUCUAUAGAUGUGGUGGUGGUCGAGAGCACAGCUGACAUCCAGACUCAGUUCAGACAUGUGCCCACAAAGGACGAUGGCUUCUCUGAUUUAAACCUGUAUCUGCUGAUCGGCAUCGUGUCGGUGUCAGUCAUCUUUCUGCUGAGCCUCAUCACUUUAAUAGCUGUCAAAUGCCACAGGACAGACAGCAGCUUCAGCAGGUACAGCGCCCCAAUGAUCACCACCCACCCUGACGGGAGCUGGUCUUACUCGAACGCUACUCAGCAGUAUGACGUCUGCUUCAGCUCAGACACGCUCAAGAGUGACGUAGUGGUUUUCCCCACACAGUUUCCGCCUGCAGAUGCAGAACUGAUCAGUAUUAAUGGAGGAGAAACAUUCAACAGGACUCAGACUUUGCCCAACAAAGACAAGGUAGGCAAUUUGUGCUGGAUGCUUGGGAAACAAAACUAUACCAAAAACAUAAGAUAUCCUAUCUGCUUAUUAUUUUAA